AUGAUCUGGCUGCAUCUAAAGAUGCUAAAGCCGCCUACAAGAUUGAAAGUUGGUAAAGAAGAUAAAUGUUACUACGUUCAUCCCGGAGUAUUUGCCUCAUCUGCACUAUGCCCGCAAAUUCUUGAUUCUUGGAAGGGGGCAGGAGAUGAUACGAUUGACUUGACUGAAUACGAAGAAGAGACGGUUGAAUGUGCUUUGAGCUAUCUCUAUACUAGAGACUACUCCCUUCCUCAAGUUACCCCGGAGCUUGACAAAGUUAGUGAAGCCGAAGCCGGCGUCGAUGAUUCGCAAUCCACCGGAUCAGACCUUCCUGAGGGGGAGUAUACCAAUGAAAACGAAAGUCACACUGCAGAAUCAGAUGGUGUUGAUGCGCGAGCCUUGACUCCAAUAGAAGACAUGUUCGAUCUCAAUUCGAGCGCGAUACCCGAGGUGGGGGAUGAGGAUGGCCAACUUCUUGCCACUGAGGCUUUGGCUCAUGCCAAGAUCUUCUCUUUUGCCCACAAGUACCUCAUGUCGGACCUGGAAGAUUUUGCUUUGCAUCGCCUUGCACAAACUCUCUGCAUUCUACAACAACUGGAGAUCGGCCUAUCGCCUGCCCUAGCAGAGGCCAUUCAGCUUGUCUAUCACAUAACGCCUAGCGAUGCCCAAAUCCCCGCCAGAAAACUGUUGUCGCAAUUUGUUGCGCUGGAGUUAUCUACCCUCUUGAGUGAGCAUCUCGAUAUGCUUGUCCUACAGGGAGGUGACUUUUCCCUGGAUGUGUUGCACAAACUUGGUCGUAGAAUUGACGAUUUGGAGUCAGAGAAUUCCGCCCUUGAAGAGAAGUGUUCUGAGCUUGAGGGAAAGCUUGAAAAAAAUUACAGGAGGUAG